UAUUAUACAUACAUUAUAAUUACAGCCAUAGUUACAAUUGUGAAACGCGUCACCUUUCGAAAGCACCUCUUUCGAAAGACACAUAGAAAAUCGGCGCGCUCACGGAAGUCCCCAAGCAGUUUCCGCAAGCUUACAACAUCACGAUACGGAACCGCUCGGAAGCAGUUCCGUAUUGCUCUAGAAAUAAGGCCCUACGCUACACAAUUGAACCGCAAGGCUACCGCGUUCCGAUGUCGAAACGCUUAGCCUCGCGGAAGCUACCGACGCCCGGUCACAGGCCCCCAAAAUUGCGCCAGGAACUAUUGUAUAUAAGCGCGACCAUGCCGUGACCGAGCGAAGAGGAAUUUAACAACGUCCGAGUUACGUCGCGUACUACGAGCCUUAUCGCGAGUGACACUUGAUACCGCUACGCAACAGCUGACCGUAAGCAACAAGCGAAAGAAUAAAGACUACGAAUUAACCAAGUAAGAAGUUUCUUAUCAUUCAACCAACGAGCCGAACCUUCACCCUUCGGGUCCUAACGCCCCUAAGGCAGGACGAAUCCCAAACUACUAUCGGGAAGAACUACCGAAUCGAGCAAACGCUCACAACAGCUACAAUUUAAGAAAAUCAAGAGAAGGGAAAGCAAACAACGCAAUAUAUUUGUUUGCAGUGUCUGAAGAGAAUGCCGUGAAACAUACUUCACAAGUAUCAUUUCAGACUUUUCAGUAUCAUGUUAUUUGCUUUAUUAACAAGUGCUCUAAUCUGCACAUUUCUAUAUAACGCGUGUUUUUAACACUACGAAAUCUUCCGUUAUUUGUAUAUAUAAAAUAAAAAUGAAGAAACAACAUAUCGACGAAGUUGAAACGCACACAGUAGAAGAACAUUUCAAAUUACUCCUGGAAGAUAAUAGUGUGAUUGAUCCGGAAGUGACCGACGUAACAUCCAAUAAUCUUCCAGAUUGGUACGAUAAAAAAUUGUACAAAGAAGCUUAAAACUAUUUUAAACAGAACAUGAUGUCGAUAAUAGUCGCAUUCGCACCCUCAAUCAUUUGGAUGAAAAUCACUUAGAUACUAACCUAACGUUGGAAAAAAGAUUGUAGUUGGCUAACACCAACCAAUACAAAAUGAUUUUGUGAUUUUGCGCAAUGUAACUGAUUUUAUUGAGUUAUUUCAAAUUAUAUGCAACUAUACGUAACGAGGUUUGGCUAUAAGGAAAAGUUCGAGAUGUCUUGUAACAUGCAACAAUAUACUGUUACGUUUAAUGAUCCAGAAUGUUUAAAAAAUUAUAAAAUGGUUUCACCUGAAAUUUUAUCUAAGAUACGGACAGGUAUGUUUAUUAAUGCAAAAAUAACCUUCAAAUCAGUGGGCUACAAUGAUAAUUUAUUAUUUGUAUGAUUGCAUUUUAGAUCGCGUAUUUGCUGAAAAUAUGUUUAUUCAAGCAAAAGCUGCAGCUAAUCGUUUGGUACAAACGGAACAAGUAUCAAACUACACAUUGACAACAAAGAAUACUAAGGAGGCAACGGUAGGACCAUCCUCUGAAUGUGGGGACAAUUCUUUGAUUUUGUAUGAUGAUUUCUGUACAGAUAAUUUGACAUUGUCCAGGAUACAGACAGCCAAAGCUGCAAUUAAUUCUUUAGAACAAACGGAACAAGUAUUAAAAUAUACAUUGACAACAAAGAAUACUAAUAAGGAGGCAACGGCAGGACCAUCCUCUGAAUGUGGUGACAACUCUUUGAUUUCUCAUGAUGACUCCUGUACAGAUAGUUUGACUGAAGAAAACAAUGAAACCAUAGACAACAAUGAUGAAGAUCAUAAUGAUGACAAGUAUUCAAAUGCUUGGUACAAUUGGACGUAUGAACAAACUCUUUUGCUUAUUGAAAGCUACGGCAUUCAUGAAGAAGAGAAGUCACAUCCAAAACAGCGUAAAUACAUGUGGGAUAAUAUUGCCAAUGACAUGAUAAGCCACGGACAUGAUGUUGAUAAAAAGUUAUGCUACUCCAAGUGGACUAAUUUACUGAGAAGUUAUAAAUCAGCUAAAGAUCAAGUUCAUGGUAAAAAAAAACUGGAAAAGCCCCUUCAAAAUUUAUUUUUUAUGAUGUUAUGGAUGAACUUCUAGGCGAAAGACCAUCUAACUCAUCUUCACAAACGUUGAGCUCACUCAGUAAACAAUCACAAAUAAAACAUAAAAGAAGCAAAAAAAUAGCAAACAAUUGUAGUAAUUAUGAAGAAGAGAAAGAAGAUAGUGACAUUAAUGAGCAAUUAAUGAAUAAUACUGGUACUGCUAAAAAACGACAGAAAAUGACACAAAAACAAAAAAAA